AUGACAGGUCUUCCAGAAUUCGAUUUUCCACCUUUGGAUCCAUUCUUUUAUGAAUAUGGUAAAGCAGUAAUUGAUAGAGGUUUAGUAGAUGGAGUAGCAAACGUAUCAAAUUUCAUUGGUGAGGGUUAUGCAAAGACACGUUUUUUGGGUGUAAGAUCGCAUUUUGCCGACAAAGUUUUUCGCUUGAAUAUUAACGUACAAAUACCAAAAAUAGUUGGUUCUGGUGAACUUGAAACAGAAAGUAUUCUAGCAGAGUUCAAAAUAAAUGGCAAAGGGCCAUUCAAUAUAACUAUGGAAGGUCUGCAAGUUGAAUGGAUUAUAAAAGGCCACGUAACAAAUGAUACAUGGACUGUAGAAGAUUUUUAUGCAGCUCCUGCGCUUAAAAAACUCACGCUCUACUUUGAUAUACUCGACAAUAAAGAAUUCAAUGACUUUGUCGUGAAUUUUAUAAAUGCAUUUUGGCCGUCACUAUAUCAAGCAAUAUUGCCAGCAGCAGUAAAAAUGUGGAAUCCGUGGAUGUGUGACUUGGCCAAUCGCUUCUUUUCGAAAGUUUCUUUUACGAAAAUAUUUCCAUAA